AUGGCUAAGCGAUUAAGUGAACAAGAAAUAUCUGAUUUAGCGAAUUGUGAUAGUAGUGACGAGAGUGGUGAUGACUUCUCUUCGACAGAUGAAGACGAAUUGUAUGUGCAACCUGAUACAUGCGCUGAUAGUUCGUUUUCGGAGCGCGAACAUUCUGUGUCUCGUUCAAACGCACAAGCUACACAACAAGCUAUUACAUUGCGAUCCAAUACUAUUCAAUCUUCUUCUUCAUUAGAUAGUAGUGGUGCUCCAGAUACGUCUAACUCAGAACUUCAGCCAAGUUCAGAAGAAAAUGUCCCUUUAGUAGGAGAAAACGAGAGUAAUGAAUGUAUAGAUAUGCCCUGGGAAAUUUCAGACUUCCCGUUUUUGGGUCCUGAGCCAGGUGCGAAGAUAGCUACUAAUAAGAGCACAUCUCCUUCUAUGUAUGCUGAUUUGUUUUUCAACGACGAAUUCUUGGAACAUUUAGUUACGGAAACUAACCGUUACGCCACCCAAGUGCUUUCAACGCGUCGUUUGCGACGUUCGUCAAGAUUGAAAGAAUGGAGAGAAACGAAUAAAGCCGAGAUGAAGGUAUUUAUUGCUAUUUUUUACAUAUGGGUAUCUUGCAAUUACCUCAAAAACCACUAUACUGGAGUAAGCAUAAGUUAUAUGACAUUCCGCUUUUUAGAAGUUUGA